UUGGUUUGUUCGCUCAGUUGUGAAAUUCGAUUGCUCAGUGAACAAGCCAACCACCAUCUACGCUACCUGAGCUACCAAGAAGAAGAUUGCGCAACUUUUCUCCAGAUCGUGCCUAUUCGCAUUUCGAAUAUCUGUCUUAAUCUUGCAGGCUGCACCCUCAGAUUGCCGUAUAAUACGUUCGGUAAUUUUUAUAAGGCAUCUAUUUCAAUGAACUCUGGCGAACUUUUGCCGCGGCGCCACAUAAAUGUGGAUGCUUUGGCGAGUAACAAGCCAACAAUUGAUGGUCGGAACACAACUAUUGCCAUUUGGGAUACGGGUGUUGAUCCUACUGCUGAUGGACUACAGCUUCGUAUGGAUCGUGUUGUCAAUAUUUUUGAUAGACCUUUUGUUCUCGCAUUGUCUUGGGAUAACGUUCCACGUCAUUUUUUGCUUUUCAAGGUUACUUCUGAUGGAAAACCGAAAAUCAUUGAUAUGAUUGAUGCUUCAGGGUCUGGUGACGUCAAAAUGACGGAAAAGCGCUAUAUUGACUUGAGAAGCAGAGAAAUAACUACACUGACUGGACGCAAAGUAACUGUUCCCCAACACUGGAACCCACCCGACGGAUUGGUUCGUUUGGGCGUGAAGCUGACGUCCGAGUUGUUUCCUCGUCCUCUCAUCCAGCGUUUGCGGUCUGAGGAAAAGGAUAAUUUUUGGCGUCCCUUCAUGAGGCAACUGGCUGCGACCGUUGCGGAAGAUGUGAUUGACACGCAGACGGCUCUGUCUGAAUUGCAGAGCUCUGACUCCAAUCUUCUAGAUGGCGAUUCGGAUGGGAGUGUGAAACGAGAGAAUGCUGAUAAGUCGAAGAAGACGCAGUGUGAUUCUACCAACGAUUCUCCCAUGUCUAUCUUUGUUCCCAUCAUGCAGCACCAACUGAAAACCGGUGCCCGAUUGUUGGAGGAGAGUUUGACUACACUGGACCGUCAUUAUUCCCCUCAAGAUAUGGUGUUCGACUGCUUUGUGUUCCACAAUGGCUCCCAUUGGGUAGGUUGCGUGGAUACCAGCCCUUACGAGACAGGAAAGACUUUGGCAGAUAUGCCCUUGCUGGCAGACUACUCUCAUGGACGUCAGUAUGCAUGCUUUGGAAAUGAUACUCAACUUUUCUACACGGUGAAGAUCUUCAAUCACGGCAAACUACUUCAGAUCGUAACUAACGACAGUGGACACGGGACACACGUUGCAGCCAUGGCAGCGGCUUACUUUCCGUCUGAUCUAAACAAUGUACACAAUUUAUUCUCCGGGCAAAAUCGGAACGGCGUUGCCCCCGGUGCUCAGAUUGUCAGCAUCAAAAUUUCCGAUUCUCGUCUGGGUUCAAUGGAAACCGGUAUCAGUUUAUUACGAGCGAUUCGUUGGACUGUUGAACUGAAGUGCGACGUCGUGAAUUACAGUUUCGGAGAGUACUGCGUUUGGCCCAAUGUUGGGAGGGUUUGCAAACAUCUCAGCGAACUGAUGCACGCCCAUGGAGUCGUUAUGGUCGCCAGUGGAGGCAACAACGGUCCGGGUCUGGGAACUGUUGGCUGUCCCGGUGGAGUGGUUGAAGGUCUCAUUGGAGUUGCACCGCUCGUCUUCCCUGAUAUGAUGCUUUCACUGUACAGUCAGCCAGUCGAAAUCACGGACUUGUGUGACGCGAGCGUAGAUGAAGACCCGUCCAACUACGCGACCAACACUUCAGAUCUUUUUACAGCCACCUCCGAUAUCCAGGUAAUCAAGCAGGUUCCACAGCCGGCAGCUUACACUUGGGGAAGUCGUGGACCAACCGUAGAUGGCGCUCUUGGGUUAUGUGUGGCUGCACCCGGGGCAGCCAACACUUCGGUGGCCGGUUGGCAGCUGCGACCUUCGGCACUGUUGAACGGUAGUUCAAUGAGUGCACCGUUGGUUGCUGGUGGCCGUUCAAUUCUCGACUUUGCACAUAUUCAUUGUUCUUCUACUGGCACUCCUUGCAAUCUCGAUCUUGUAGCGCUGCUGCUAUCUGGACUGCGUGAACAGGGUGGCCAGUUCGGACCAUCCAUUAGUAUACCUCCGUCACUGGUUCGGUUGGCGAUUUCGAACACUGCUAUUCCCAUUAAGCACCUGAGUCUUUUUGAUCAAGGUUGCGGAUUAUUACAGGUUGAUAAGGCGUUGGAUUACCUGAAACGCGUGUUGUCACAUAUAAACGAACCUGCAACAAACGGUCCGGACAUGACCUUAGAUCAGAUUAGUGGAAACUCGGAACGCUCGAUGGAUCACACUAUGUUGGAACGUCUCCCGAAUCCAGCUACAUACAGUCUGGAUGAUCCAAAAAUCGUGUUUGGAUGGCGGCUUCGUUGUACCGUUACCGGACCUAAUUGUUCAGGCUCAGAUCGUGGAAUAUGGCUACGACGAGGGUGGAUUCCGAGACCAGUCUCGGGCCGACCAGGACAGCAAUCUCUUCCGAUCCUCCGCUUUACGGUGCACAUAGGCUUGGAAUUUGACCAGUGUGUACCACCCGAGUUUCGACGCCGACUAGAAGUUCAUCUGAAAAUCAAGGUGGAUACUACUGCUCAGGGACGUGCGUCAACUAGUCUUUCUUGGCUCCAGGUAGCAUCGUUCGUAUCGGUCACUAGUUUGGGCCGUGAUAUCAGUUUGGUUCUCGACCCCAACAAGUGCUGGCCGUUGCCGACCAUGGAAGACAUUACAACCGGUGUAGUCGAACCCGAACGAAUCGUUCGCAGACACACAGUCAGUCAAGAAGGAACCCUGCUAACGAAUUCCCCAUUGUCUCCUUUGACGUCGAUGAAUCCAACACCGCUCAAAUCUUGUGAACCUUUUGUGACAAUUCUCCGAUUUGAAGACGAGACUCGUCCAGAUAUGGGUUCCUUAGCGCUUAUCCCGAUCAUAAUACAUAAUCCAAUACGACUUCCAUUAUCUCGUGGAUUAGAACAUCCACGUUUAUCGAUUUCCGACCGAUUCGACUCAUCUCACAAGGUUCGACGCUGGUUCAUUUAUAUUCCAACGGGUGCUACUGCUGGAGUGCUGCGUCUCUCUCGCUUGGAUCAAAACGAUACUUUGUGCGAAUUCAAAGUUACGGUUUCAUUUCCACAACCCCGUUCGGGACUGACUGCUGGUCAACAAGAAGUCACCUGGCCCUUGUUGAAUCUCAAUAGGUGUGGGCAAGGUGGGACCACUCUUGGGCGACAACGCGGUGUAACAGGAAAACGUGUGGGUGACGACUUUGAGGGAGCUAGUCAGCUAGCCUUUCCCAUUUGUUGGGAGUCGGACUACAUGGAGUUGACGAUUGCACAGCACUGGGGUCUUGAAGCACCGGCAGUCCUUAUUGGUGAGCUGUACUUCCGUGGCCUGGAACCUUCACAACGGCAGAUAUCUAUGUCUUCCAGCGAUCAUUACGUUCGCCUUGUGUUGCGUUCCAACUUUGCUACCGAAGACCUCUCUCCUAACAUCAAUCUUUCCCACUGGGUCCUACCAGUUAGGCCCAGUGAGUCGAAGAUCUUCUAUCUGGGGCACGGACAAAACGAGGUUUUACUUACUGGACGUGGAUGUUACGCUUUGCGGCUAGUCUACUUUUUCCAUUGUAAACGACCAAAGCGCCCAAAGUUCGCACAAUCGUUGGAUAAAGGCGAUUAUAAAGUUGUGGUUCAGAUCUGUCAUGAAACUGGCCCCAACCUAAAUGGCGCCGGUGUCAAAACAUCUGCGGAUACGUCCGUCGGUGCUGGGAAUGAAAUGGCGGAUGACCGCAUCAGUGGAGGGGCCGGUGGUGGUGCGUUAAGUGGGGACACUCUGUCACCGCUCGAGCGACUGCGCCAGCACUGUGCUGUCGUACGUUUCCGUCUUCCUGGACCUGGCCAGUCGGACUCUCCAGCAGAGAAGCGCACUACAGGAAAAAGUAAUAUACCGGUGUCCUUCGAAUUCUCUGCCUUUCCAUUCUCACUGGGUCUGAAUGGCGCCAAGCCCUGUUCUGCCCUAGACUCAAUACCCUGUGGUCCGCCCAAAGCAACUACGCUUAAGUUUCACAGAGCCAGCAAUCCAACGCAUGAAAAUGUUGCCAAACGCUUUGAAGAAAUGUUUGUUGUGGAUGAAUCUAGUCGUCGCUGCCCCUGUCUUCCUACCAGUUUAUGCGCGAACGAAUCUACCGGACUCUAUAUAGGAUUAUCUGAACAACGAUAUCCAGCCUACACCGUACCUGGAUCCUAUUUUACUGGUACUAUUGGUUUCUACAACUCCGAUCUGUUGCAACACGUGGUGACCUACCCCUUUCGCCUUGUUGUCGAUACUCUCCCUCACUCAAGCAGCAGUUCUCCAAAGCGGACCGAGUCGGACCGUGGAAAUCGCCUACAGGUUGGCAAGUUAGGUCUUUCGGAAGAGGACUUUGCAUGGCUGCGGCCGUUGAAUGCAUGGCUCUUGGGUGAUAGGGAUAACAUCUCCAUAUCGAAUGAGGUCAUUCCCGAAGCUGAUGAUCAAGUGACGGUUCCCGCGGAGCAUAAAGAUUCGGAAAUUAUUGAUGAAGAUGUUUCUUGCCCACCUUCUGGUGAAUUGUUUCAGACUACUAAACGCAGUAACUUGCGCCCCACUUCAGCCUCUUCGUCGGGAGCUGACGACCUUAAUGAAAUGAAUGAAGUUCCCUUGGCCAAGUGCAACGGCUCAAUGGAAGAUAACGCUAAUAAGACGGAUCACCACUGGAAUACUGAAACUGAUGAGAUUUCCGCCCCGAAAGAUUCGAUUGGGACAGUUUCAAAAGCUACGAUGAACAUCGAUGUGGGCUCGGAUCCAAUAGUUGAUGGAAACGAAGGUCGUAACGCUAGUACCCAUACUACUCGUGGGGGUCGCUCGUUGAACAUAAAGCUCAAUCCGCGAUCGCUGCGUCGAAACUCUGCGACUCGGUCGCUCUCUUAUCAACUGGCUUCAGUUCAUGGACGACUCGUCAGCCUGGAUACGCCCCUCACCUAUCGCGACAAAUUCCCCGACCAACAAGCUCUCCGUAAGAACCGAGCGUAUAUCUGGGCCAAAGCCGAUAAGCUGAUUUCCGGUCAUAUUUUGGAUGCAGACAAGGCCAUCUUGGAUCCAGAUGAGCUCGAUUCACUUGUGACUGACGAUCAAGGUUUUUUCCAUCAUCUUCUCACAAUGAGGUUAGUCUCGUCUCAGUCAAGCGGUACCACCGGAAGUGAAAGUCAGCGACGAGCAAGCACAAUUAGCGCGGCCUCCAACGGGAAUAAUUUGAAUAACGGUUCUGUAAUUUCGACCGAAUCAGCAACUCGACCUGUGACGCCCAUUUCUCUUCCUGCUCCGCAGACUCCAGAAGAUCUCCGCGCCUCGAGCGAAUCCUUAUCUGGACAGCCGUCCAAACUUAAACGUGAUGAAAAAGUUACAUUUAGCUAUUUGGAAUUAAAGCUACGUUUGUUAGACACUCUUGCUCGCUACGGACGGUUAUUGUGUGAACGGGUGCUAAUGACCUCAGCUGGAAUGCCGGAUUCCUCCAACUCCUAUGCAUCUUCAGUCACUGACCCUAACCGAGGGAUUCAUUCAGAUUUACCGGUUCCGUUCGGUUGGUCUCUUCAGCACUGGCUCUGUCAAACUCUAUCCAACUCAACUGACACACACCACCCAAUUAAAAGCGAUGGGACUCACACUGGUAAUGCUCUCCCUGAAUGCCACGACACAUUGCGUCAGAUUAAUCGUCGCCUGAUCCAACAGAUCACAUUGUCCACUUCUGGCACCAAUUCGAUCGGAGAAGCAGUUCGUGUUGGUACACAUGCUCUCCCUACGUGGCUGGUUGUAUCUGGACUGCGUGACCUUCAGCUGGACGAAUCCGAAGCUAAAGGAACAGACGAAAGUCGCAUUCUGGGUUCUGUCGGCGGUAGAAUCAUGAUAUUCUUCUUGCUGUAUGCCAUUGCAGAAAAUGAGUAUGCACAUGCACUACGCAUGUUAACCAGAAUCGCAUAUCAGACUGAAGAACCACCCACUGGGGCUUUAAACGGUCCUAUCGCUUGUGGGGUUGUCGCGUCUAUGGGAUCUGUUCGACCGGUGAUAGCAAGUUCCUCUGGUACAUCCGCCACGUCUAGACAGGGAUACAGGUGGAUGGUCUGGCUGCUGCAUCGUAUGGGAUGGACCGAACUUGCCGGAUUCCUUCACCAACAGAUGCCACUCAUUUGGCCCAAACGUGAUUACAGUAUUCUGGCAGACGUCUAGCUUUUUUGUUUACAAACAAACACAUCCUGUUUUGAUGAAUUUUUACGUUUGGUCUUCCUGUGUUCUAUCGUUAUUUACCUUUAUUUAUGUUAUUGUCACCCGGGCAUCUUUUCCCGUUAUGUUUGCCCACGCGCCACAUUUUUAUUUUCUCUCGUGUGCAUUAUGCUCUGUGAGUACUGCACCUGAGUGACCUCAGAUACUCACACAGUCUUUCAGACAACUGCGGAAUGCCUAUGUGAGUAGUGGUUUAUUUUGUGCGAAUCUGACUUCAGGAAAUAUACUUCGCUUCUGUUCAUCCUCGUGUAAAAUGUGGAUGGAUAUUGAGUAGCUGGGACUUAAGCAUCCAACAAGCAGUUGCCUUACUUGAUUCAUCUGUGUGUAUCUGGAUAUCGGUUGCUGACACUUUUGCCUUCGAGGUCACUAUGGAUUAGAUACCUUUUUGAUAUCAUGCAUGUGAAGUUCAUAGCUUCAUCUUGUAUUAUUCGUUUGUUAACUGAGUCUUACAAUGUCUGCAAAUAUUUCAGCAUGAGGGACCAAACUGCCUGCAUUUUCUAAUUUAUGCCUUGGCUGUACUUGUUAUCUCAAAUGCUUGUCUGAUCUGCAGUGUCCCAUAACAAACCGAUCUGAGUAGCAAAGCUAUUUAAUGUUAUAUUCACGUGUCUGGGUUUUUCACUGGUCACCUAAGUGGUUU